UGGAGGCGCGGCGCGGAUUUUCCUCACGCUAAUGACAACAAAAGCUGAGUUGAUGGUUGUUUGUACCUGACGUCCUACCUCUCCUCCUCCUGUCCUCCUCCUCCCUGGUGACCAUGAAGCUGGUGGACCACGUCGUCAGGUCCUUCAGGGUGGCCAAGCUCUUCAGGGACAACACGGAGAAGAUAAAUAACAUUGACUUCUCGCCGAGCGGAGACUUGCUGAUAACCUCCAGUGACGAUGACCAAAUAGUGAUUUAUGACUGCGAGAAGGGAACGAACAAGAGGACAUUGAACAGCAAGAAGUAUGGGGUUGAUCUCAUCCACUUCACACACGCCAAAAACUCUGCCAUCUACAGCUCCACAAAAAUUGAUGACACCAUCAGAUACCUGUCACUGCACGACAACAAGUACAUCAGGUACUUCCCUGGACAUACCAAGAAAGUUGUCACCUUAAGCAUGAGUCCCAUUGACGACACCUUCAUCUCGGGUUCAAUGGACAAGUCACUACGUCUGUGGGACCUGCGAUCUCCCAACUGCCAGGGAAUGAUGCACGUAGGAGGGCGACCUGUGGCAGCAUUUGACCCUGAAGGCCUCAUCUUUGCAGCAGGAAUAAACUCGGAAAUGAUUAAACUAUACGACUUAAGAUCGUUUGACAAGGGGCCCUUCAGCACCUUCCAGCUUUCCAUGGAGAAGGAAUGUGACUGGACGGGCAUCAAGUUUAGUCCAGACGGCAAGACCAUCCUCACUUCCACGAACGGCUCUGUCAUCCGGCUGGUGGACGCCUUCCAGGGCACACCGCUGAAAACCUUUGCCGGCCACCUCAACAACAAGGGCAUGCCACUCGAGGCAUCCUUCAGCCCAGACUCUCAGUUCAUCUUCAGCGGAUCAACAGAUGGAAGGGUUCAUGUGUGGAAUGCCGAGACUGGAUAUAAGGUGUGUGUGCUGAAUGCAGACCACACAGGACCAGUGCAGUGUGUUCAAUUCAACCCCAAGUACAUGAUGCUGGCAUCAGGCUGCACCAGCAUGGCAUUCUGGCUUCCGGCGCUGGACGACAUGUGAGGAGGCCAGGGGAGCCAGUGCACUGCCACCCCCUUCCCUCCCCCUCGCCCCUGCCCUGUGAAAGCCAUGGUGGAGGAGCCUGCCAAUGGGAGCCUCAAGGCAAGGCUUGGUCUGGCUGUCCUGGAACUGGAGGGUCUGAGGGCUGGGCAUUGGGCCAGGAGGUUUAGCUAAUGUUUACAUCACCUGCAGUCACUGUUAGACUAAGAGAACUACGUACCUACUAGACUAUUGGUGUGAGAGAACUAGUUUACCUAGAGUGAAUGUGAUGUAGGUCUGAAACAGCUGGGUAUGGGGAUACAAGGGCUUUAUAAUGGUCUAAGAAAACUAGGGACUAGGCUUAGUAAGUAUGGUAGUGUCCAGAGAGGGCAGGACACUAGGCUAAAUGGACUAGGUACUGAUGUGAGAGGACAUGUACUGAGCUGGGAAGGGCUGUAUUCAGAAAGCUUUGAGGGCAUCUGAGGCAGUGUGACCCUCAUCAUGUUGGCCCUCUGCAUCUUUGCUCUUAUUACAUCUUGAUUAAUUGACAAAGAAAUUCCUUAUAACUUCUGGUACAUUUGGUUAACUUGGCAAGGCUCCCUCCUCCUCCAGUGCAGAUCCAUAUGAUUGGUUGUCAGCUAAGGGAGGAGACAUGUGAUUGGCAGUGGCUUGGUUGGAGGGGCUUGUUUGCCAGGUUAAUAGGAGCAGACUGAUGUGCUAGAGGUCUGAGUCAUGGAGUGUUCGGAUGGGCUAGUUCUUGGGUGAAAUAGACAGGGUGCUUUUUUACCGUAAUUUUUGCAUUCAGACACUUGGAUUGCAUGAAGAUGUGAGAACUGAGGCUUAAGGCUUCACUGGAUAUGGCUUAGAGGACUGGUGUGUGGAGGCUGGUGUUUCUGUGUGUGAAUGGUAUUGAGUGGAGAGGCAAGGCAAGGCUGUUACCACUUUGAAGGGAAAAUUAAAGACUUAACUAGAGAGGCAAAGGGAAAAACUGUCACUAAUGAAAGAAUGUUACAGAUGAUUCCCACAAGUUACCUCUCAAACUGGUAAGAUUGUUAGUUGAUAUGAAUGACUGGAGGGGCUUUUUUCACAUACAUUUCCCAUAUUCAAUGUUAUGGAGUUGCCAAACCACUUGUAAAUGUUCUUGAUACAGGGAUACAUCUUCAUUACCCAAGCAUAUUAGUGAAGUGGUAGUGUGAGGGUGUGAAGAGGUGAGUGUGGUAAUGUUAAUAGAUAUCCACUUUGCUAGUGAGUGAGUGAGGCACAAGUAGUUACUCACCUUGCUGUGUGAAUAACUAGCUUAAAUUUUGAGUUCCCUUGAAUUUGUCCCUGGUAGUUUAGUGUUGUGAGGUAAAGUGAGGCUGUGUCUCCAGCUGCCUUUACUUACCACCCACAGCAGGUUCAGACUUGUCCUGGCUCGUGUGCAGUAGUGCGUCACUGUUAUGUGUGACAGUGUCGUGGUAACAUCUUUAUUUGGAAAUGGAAGUGAUAGUGAAGUGAAGUGCAGGCAAUAGUGAAAGCUAAAUGUGAAGUAGUGACUUUUUUAUUGAUGAGCAGGUGUUGGUGUUGUAGUUGAAGCAAAGUGUGUUCGUAGUUUACUUUGUAACAUGAAGUGCAAAAAUGUCAUACUCAAGAAUGAAAUAUGAAGUAGAGCAUCUAGAAAAGAGAAGUUGAAAUACUGAUCACUUCCUUUUAAAAUAUUUUACAUGUUGCAUAUUGAAUUCAUAAAAUCAAGUUAGGCUAAUAAUAGAAAAUGUAUGUAUGAAGUGAAACUUGUGGUGGAUGAAAUUGAUCAUUCAGGUUGAAAGCAACUCAUUUGUUUAUUUAUUUAUUAUUUUUUUUUUAUAUAAAACACUGAGUCCUUUGAUAUGUUCAUGUUUUUCUUUUUUUGUUUUCUGUUACUAUUGUGUUCUUUUUUACUUCACAAUUUUCUUAGGCUGUAAUGCCGUGUGACCUGAGCUGUGUGGCACCUCUUGGUGUCACCAGCUGCUCUUUAUUCACGGCACCAAAUAGUUUAGUAAAGAAUUCAUUUAUAACUUAACAGACACCAAAGGCAAACCAACAUCACAUCAGGUCUUGGUGAUCACUUGUGACUGGAUUGGUGAUGUAUCAGCGUUGUGUCUACCUUGAGUUUGAAUCAGUCCCCAACAAUGACAAACUCUCAUGGCCAAUUUGAAACCUUUCACAUUAGUUUAGUAUUUCCAUGAUGCUCCAAAGGGGAUUGGCACUACUGGCAGCCACCUCAGUCUAACACAAGUCUGACACAUUGCCACUCAGGCCACAAACAAUCACAAGGCCUGAGUCAAUUUUAGACAGCCUUCACUGUCCUGCCACUACACCUGUACCAUUGAGAAAACUCCAGCCUGGUAUAUGAAAUGCACUAAAAAAUUCAAAACGCUUGUGAACUAUUUUGACAGUAUUAAAAAGAGUUCAUCAUUGGUUAAGCUACUAACACAUAAUUUUGCAUUUCGUCACUCAGGCUUAUACCAGGGAAGAGUAUUUUCAAUGGUACACUUCCUCUGCACUACUUUUGUGGUAGAGUGAAGCAGUGUAAGAUAUUCCCGAGCACACAGUAGGAAUAUAAUGAGUUUGUCACUACAUCUCUACACUCACCUUGCACUAUACUACUUUUGUGGCAGAAGGAAGUAGUGUAAGGUGUUCCAAAUUCCACAAUGGUAAUACUGAGUGUGCAAAGCCAGCUAUAUGUUUUUAUUAGAUUAUCAAGCAUCACAAUCUUUAAACCACUCAACAAUGAAACCUCCAUCAAUUUUCAGCUUCAUGGUAGUAACUUGAUAACAUACUUUGAUAAACUUAGUAGUAAUGUAAUCUAAUUUAUGUUUUUUAAGAAUGAACUUAUGUCAGAUCUCUAAAGUUGUCAUCCCUCAGUUAAGUACACCCUUGCUUCCCACACGACCAAACCCAGGUGUGUUGCCAGCCAUCAUUAUCAUACUUUAUGCCUAACUUCCCCCAGGUAAAUCUCCACCAUGAACAUUCCAGCCAUAAGAUUUCCCCUGCAAUAAUUCCAUCCAUGAUAAACUGGUCAGGUCAAGUUAGGUUAGGUUGGGAAUUUUAUCUAGGGAAUUAUUUGGAGAGAGAUUUUCAUGGAAGGAUCUACAUAGGUGGAAUUGACGUGGGUGGGACUUGGGAGUAUGAAGAAGCCUCACACCUUGCCACUCAUCAGGGACAGCAGACUGCCUGGAGGCCCUGACUUGUACAGUAAAUGUUGUACUGCCCAGAAAAGUUUUUGUUAUUUUUAAUAUAAAUGAAAAAUUAUUUCUUUAUUAUUUACCAUCUCAAGCUUACACUGUUCUAUUCACUGUUCCAUUCAUUGCAUUGGUUGUUACAUCUCUGGAAAUACAUGGAAGUUGUUACUGAGAUUUAUAAAAGUUCAUCAUUUCCCAAGCAAUGCUGUUACUUUUAAUUUUCUUCGCAAUUCAAUGUUCAAAAGUUCACAUGUUGCAUUGAAAAAUAUGACAGGUCAUGUAAGAUUCUGGAUUUUUUUUUAUUUCAGUAAUAGUAGUAUCUGAGUGUAAAAUUAUAGUAGAAUGUAGAAAUGCAAGGCUGUUAUAAACAUUCAGAUAGGACACACACACACCCAUAAAUACACACACACACAACACACACACACACACACACACACAAGAUCAUUACUCUUUCUCAUGUCUUUACAUUCUUACCUUCUGUGAGAGAUAACCACACAUUGUUUCCUUUAUUUCACCAUGAUAAGUCUGAACCAUUGAGUUAACACAGCAAACAGCAGUGGGAGUCCUGGCUCAUCUUGUCUCUUCCUGUGUGUGUUCAGUAUUUAGAGUGGCCUGUGAUGUUUCUCUGGACACAUUCUGGGGAAAGCAGUGUAAUUUCAAACCAAAGAGAGUUUGUGGUAUGAAAUAACUUUACUCUCCCUCUUGAACCAAAGGUGCUGUUUGUUUAUUCAUUUUAGCAAGAUAGAUACUGAAGUUACCUUUCCUUCUUCAUGUAAAUAAUGAUAAGGGAGACAACAUGUAUGAAUUAUAGCAAAAAUACAAUUACUCAUUCAUGAAAAUUAUCGUGAUGACAAAGAGAUGCAAGGAAGAUACUGAAAUAAGCAUUGUUCAUUUGUAAACAUUAUAGUAAGAUGAGAUGUAAUGAAGAUAUGUAUUUACAUAUUUCAUUCAUAAACAUCACAAAAAAGAUAAGAUGUAAGCAAAACAUUGGUUACCAAUAUUUGUUGGUAGGAAUAAUUAGUGUAAUCUAGUAUAUGUACAUUGCAACCUACCAAAAUUUUCACCAAUCACUUAUAAGGACAUGUUUUUUCUUUGGUUGUUUAAGUAGAAGCACUGACUUCAUUGCAUUAUUCACAGAUGCAUGAUCAGUUAAUGUGUGUUCUUGUUCAUGUAUGGAAGACAAUGUGAUAAGAAAUAAUGGUAAGGUUUUGGUAAAGUCUUGCAGUGCAUCAGUUGGUCCUCAGAAACAUCAUGUGCUGCUGGAAAUAGAACCAUGUAUGAUGGGACUUGAGGGUCAGAAACUUGUUGGUUUGUGUGUGUGUGUGUGUGUGUGUGUUUAGUUUCGUCUCAGCCACACAGCAAUAUUUAGCUUAAGAAAAAGUAAUAAGAGUCAGUUUUAAGCAGUCAAUUGGAUCUUUUUAUAAAUGUUAUUGUAUCUUAUGGUCUGUUCAAAUUAACCUGGCAGAUAGGCUCCUCCUCCUCCUACCCCCUAAAGUGUAUAGCAUUGGUUGACUCACAUAAAGGUACAUGGUUGGUGAUAGCUUGAGAGAGAAUACAAAUGCAGUAUUCUAGCUCUUAACUAAAGUAUUUUUUGGCCUGAAAUGACCUUUACAAUAAGUCAACAAACUUUGUAUGGCUGUUUACUCUUCAAUGAUUUCUACAUCCCCAGCUAGUGAAUCUUACUUGCACACACACACACACACACACACACACACACACACACACACACACACACACACACACACACACACACACACACAAGAAUAGUAAAUAGAGUGAUAACAAGUGGAAAAGUUUUUAGGGUUUGAUGAUUUUCAAAGCAUUGUGAGGCUAAAUGUAGGGAUGUACAUACCAUCAAAAUUUAACUUUAGACAGGACGGGAAUACAAGCAUUUCAAUCUGAUACAAAACAGUGUCUCCUCUGUUGACCACCUUAACUAUACUAGUUAAACACUGACAAAUCUGACUUAGGAGUAGGAGGAGUUAUAUGAACAGACUGUGGUGACUCAAAGCUUUCCAGGCUGACCAGAACCCACUUGUGUUUUGGUUGUUGCUUACCAGUCAAUUGUAAGCAUGUUGGACUUGCAUUUAUCUUUCAAAACAUUACCAGUCAGUCUGAGUCACCCCAAAGGCCUGAGUGGAUCUUGGUGCACCUUACCUGUCAGGUCACUGUCUGUUGUUCACCUCACUGUCUUGAGGCAUCACAGGGAGCAGUAUGGGUGAUGCAUUGCUGCUGGGAGUGGUGGGUGUGUUGGUAUGUUGAGGGGAAGGCUCUGUACAGGAUUUGUUCAAGCGGAAAGGUUUCGUACAUAAUCUCAGGUUGCGCUUGUAUGUAUUUUUGAACAUGUUUUUUGACUAAGUGUAUGUAGAGAGAAUAAUAAAGUGAUAAUGAUUGGUGGAGACAAUUACUUUGCCAGGCAGGGAAACUAAUACAUAUUCAGAUUCUUGCUUUUCUAAUAGUAACUAAUUGUAUUAUUAUAAAUCACCAUUACUUGGCAAACUGAAUAAUAUUAUACACAUUACUAUUGCACUACUGUAAUAGUUGCUGAUUCACUUCUGUUAGAAAUUAUGAUUAUUGCACCAGGCACUGAAAAAAGUAUGAAAACAGAUUAUGUACUGUUGAGUGAUAAUUGAAUUAUUUAGCAAAGAUCCAUUAUCAUAUCAAGGUUUUCCAAAAGUACAGUAAACAUUUCAUUUCAUUAUUUCCAAAUGUGUUCUGUUUUAAUUUCAAAGUUUUUAAGAGGAUUGAUUUUUCAUAUGAAUGUUUUGAAAAGGUAUUGCAUUUUCAUUAUAGGAUAAAUAAGUUGAGCUGCAUCCUACCUGUACUCUAAUCUCCUUCCUGGUGGAUGAUAGGAAGUCUGGUGUCUGUAAGCUGUCAUUAUCCUCAUAUCAAUUCAGUGUUAUUCAUUAAUUGUUGUAGUACUAUAUUUAUUGUAAAACACGUGAUGCAGUGUGGAAUAACAAUAUUGAUUCUGCCUCUGUAUACUACAGUACCAUAUUGUAAUAGUUUUUUGUUGUCAUUGUCAUGUAUUAUUUCUUUGCACUUUUUAUACUUGAAAGUGUAGGACUUUGUAGAUUCCAUGAAUACACACACAUGUGUGCAUGAACAUUCAUAGUUGGUAAUUUUUGCAACAUUCAGUUUUCAAUUUUGGUCAUUAUCAUGAUUUUGUUUCCUUAUUUAAGUAAUGGUUGAAUUUUUUGUCAGUCUCCCUUUACCAAUAAAGUAUUAAUGAUCCUUAUA